AUGGAUUUAUACCUAUAAAACAUCUAAACUAGAUUUUUGUAAAAUUUCGAAGAUGAAGAAUAUUCUUAUUUAGUAUCAACUAAUCCAAGCAAAAAUUCAACAGAUUACACUCCGUUAAUUAUGGCUCAUCCUAGUAUGAAUAUUAAUGCACAAUAAUAUAUUUAUGAUGUAGAAUUCUAAAAUGAAUAAAGCAAUGACAAUGAUAAGUAAAUGUAUGCAAAUUAAACUAGCUUUCUAAGAGAAAUCUUUACUAUUGAAAAUUCAUGUAAAGAAUUGAUUCAAAUGAAUAACAGCUACAUAAGAACUAUAGUAAAGGAUGGAUAAUAGUAUUUAACAAGGUUUUCACCUAUUUUCGUAUGCUAUGGAAAUUAAUAUGAACAAUAUAGCAGUAAAGUUGGUUACUAUGUUAAAUCAAUUUCGUAUUAAAAAAGAGAUAAAUAUACAAAGGAAAUUUCUUAAAUGAUGGAAUUUAUGGUCAAAACAAUAAUUAUUUUGGUUAUUGUAGCUAUUUUAUUUAUAAGCAUUAUUUUUUUUAUUUUGCUAAAAUAUUUUCUAAAGCAUAAUUUCGAAAUUCCAAUAGCCAUAGUAAGUAAAGUUAUUUAAGAAGCUGAUUGUGAAAGAUGA